CAUCAUUGCUGGGGUGAAUUCUGUCAAAAGUUGUCUUUUGAGCGACUUUCCACGCUUUAUUUGCCGUUAAAACCGCCAAAAGUAGUUUUCGUUGUCGUAUUGUUGUAAAUUUUAAUUAUAAUGUCGGGAAUCGCUUCCGCCAGAUUAGCCGAAGAAAGAAAAGCGUGGAGAAAAGAACAUCCCUUCGGAUUUGUGGCAAAACCUGUAAAAAACCCUGACGGCUCCUUGAACCUUAUGAACUGGGAAUGUUCGAUUCCCGGUAAAAAAGGCACGCCCUGGGAGGGCGGCCACUACAAGCUGCGCAUGAUUUUCAAAGAGGAUUACCCCAGCAGUCCCCCAAAGUGCAAAUUCGAACCGCCGCUCUUCCAUCCCAACGUCUACCCAUCCGGCACCGUUUGCUUAUCGCUAUUAGACGAGGAAAAAGACUGGAGACCUGCCAUCACAGUUAAACAAAUUUUACUCGGCAUACAAGACUUACUCAACGAACCCAACGUGAAGGACCCCGCUCAAGCCGAAGCGUACACUAUUUAUUGUCAAAAUCGUCUCGAGUACGAAAAGAGGGUGAGAGCACAAGCGAGGGCAAUGAGCCAACCUGACGUUUAAAACUGAAUUAAAUAAAUCCAUCAUUUUUAUUAUCUUUGUGUUAUAUGUAUGUUAAAUUAUUGUUUUAUUAAAAUAAAAUAAGUAACUGCAUCCAUAAAUUCACGUCUGCAUGCAUAUUUUAUUUCUCUUCACUAUCAACAACUUUCCAAAAUUUUUUGUUUCUUUUAAUUC